UCAAUCUUUCCAUCGCCGCCGCACUGCUCUCUCCGUUUUAGAUUCUUCUUCCGCUCAGAUCGAUUUUUCCAAGCUAAAAAUCAUGCAGAACGAGGAGGGAGUCGUCACUGAGCUUUACAUUCCGAGGAAAUGCUCGGCGACAAACAGAUUGAUCACUUCAAAGGAUCACGCCUCUGUUCAGCUUAACAUUGGUCAUCUUGAUGCCGAUGGUAUCUACACUGGCCAGUUCACCACUCUUGCUCUCUGCGGAUUCGUCCGUGCUCAGGGAGACGCAGACAGUGGCGUCGACAGGCUCUGGCAGAAGAAGAAAGUCGAAACCAAACAACAGUGAGAUAGAUAGAGACAUAGAAUCUAUAAGCUGUUGCUACUUGUUGUUUUUGGCAUGUUUCAUUGAGUUUUCUCUAUCUGCGAACUCGUAUCUUUGUUUUCUGAUUUAUGAAAAAUAAUUAAGUUUGGUGGCAUUUGAAUCAGUCCUACAA